CGGGUUGGUGCGGGCGGCGCGGGCGGGGCCGCUCCCGGUCCCUCACAGCCCGGCCAUGGCGUACGGCGGCCUCGCCGUGCCCAUCAUCGUCAUGAGCGUGUUCUGGGGGCUGGUCGGCGGCGUCCUGCCCUGGCUCGUCCCCAAGGGCCCGAACCGCGGUGUUAUCAACACAAUGCUGGUGACAUGUGCUGUUUGCUGCUACCUGUUUUGGCUGAUUGCAAUUCUGGCUCAACUCAACCCCCUCUUUGGGCCGCAGUUAAGCAAUGAAACAAUCUGGUAUCUUAAAUAUCACUGGCCUUAAGGAUGUCUGUCCUCUGCUGCAAUUUAUUGACUAGGUGAAGAAGAGAUUUCCUCCAGAUGAAAAACUCCACUGACCCAAAGAUGCCCUUUACGUAGCUGGUUGGAUACCAAGCCUGCAGUAAUGCCUUAACCUUUCUAUUGUGCUUCAAGGGGCUUGUUCAAAGCCCUGUAUUUUUCCUACCUUACCAUUUAACAGUGUGCCUAAUGCAAUUUAUACUCCUCUUUGGUACUGGCGAUUUUUGACUGUUAACUCCAGACGUGGUGAAAAUUUCUAAAGUUUUUACGGGUCAUAAAGUCAUUUCCUAUUCAUUUUCCUCCCUCUUUAGGAGCACUUCAUGUAUCUUGCAGGUCUUAGAUUGUCUGUCAUUGUGCUGUUCACCCCUGUUCUGUUUGCACUUGACAAAAAUGUGUGCAAUAAACUGUAUGAGGAGAGGAAAAACAGUGGUGCCACAAGCUGAUGGCUUUUUUUUUUUUUCCCAAAUGAAUUGUAUUCCUGAGAAAUUUGCUCUUAAAUUUCUCACGCCUGGAAAUAAAAGUAAUCCUCUGCUUUAUACAAAAUGUUCUUGUGCCAUGUUUAACUGUUACAAUGUGCCUUUCUGUGGGUUUAAUCAGUAGCUGGAGUUGAGCUGAGGAAACUUAGAUGAUAGGAUGGGAAUGAAUCUAGUAAGUUGUUUGCCAAGGAGUAACUUCAAAAGGAUAUAAAAGCUGUUGCAUGCACAAGAGCCUUUAUGAAUUCUUCCUUACCUGCUUCCAUCAUGUCCAGAUAAAUUGCAAUUAUUCUCUGCUGUGUUUCAUUGUUAUGCUCAAGGACAUAAUGGAGUGGUUCUUUUUCUUUUCCUUUUUCCUCUUGGAUAGCACCAUUAACUUGUUCUGUGGGAUAGUGCUCAUUACUAUGCAGGAAAUUCCAAGAUCCUGACAAGUAACUCGCAGUGAUCAAAAACUGGACAGUGUGAAUUGCAAAAGAAGAAGAAUGUGCCCCUUAUUACGAAUAAACAUAGCAACUGCUGGGACUGGAA